AGUCCCUACUCCAAUGAGCCAAAACGGAAAAUGGCGGUUGCUUCAAACAUUUGUUGAUCUUCUGAUACUGAAUGUCAUCACUCAAAUUUAGAUGUUCUUAAGUCGUACAAUAUGCCAAUGGAAUCUGCUCAGAGAAACAGUGCGUGCUCCGAGCCGUUUAAAGCAACAAAAAUCUGGAAUACUUUAGUGGAUCAUUUGAAGAUUCGUUUAGAACCCCGAAGACGAAGAUGGAAACUCCAAAUUUACGAGGAAUGUUUUCGAGGUUGCGAUGUUAUGGAAGAGCUUCAGAACAUCUUAUUCGAUCACCCGGAACUUACUAGCGAUCCAUCAAGAGUCCAUGUAAAAUCUCUGUGCCAGUUUCUCCUGGAGAAUCGAGUUAUCGAAUGUGUAUGUGAAGAUCUGAAGCGAGAACCGUUUGAAAAUGGAAGGCUCUAUCGAUUUGUAAAUUCCUCGUCGAGUUCCAACAGCGACACAAUAUCUUCAGUUCUAAGCGUCGAGAAGUCGGACAGAAAAAAGAAGCGUCGUAGUUUCGAUGGAUGGGGAUUGCAUUCUAAGUCUGUUCGAAGGAAAUCUUACCAUGGUUUUAGAUCUCGAGAUAAAAUGGUCGCUUCUGCUGUGAAAGACGAUGCAGAAAAAGAAAAUGACGAACAGCAAGCAGAGCUCGACGAUAAAAGGAAGAGAAGGCUUAGUUUCGGAGGCAAGGAUAAUCUCGGCUUCUUGAGCCCAUGGCAAAGGACACCAAAGAGGAGCAAGCAACAAGAUACAGAAGAGUUAGAAACGCACCAAGAAACACCUACCACCACCAAGAUUGAUGUGUCUGGAGCUAGCUUCAAGGAGGUCUGGUUUGAGGUUACUCUUUCAAACCUUCUUAAACUUCUAGACAUUUCCUUUCUUGAACCAAUUCUACAGCCAGCGUCAAUGAAAACCUCUCUCUCAGCUACAGUUUACAAUUACUCAUAUAAUGAACUUAAGGAUUCAUUAACAAACAGCGACAAGACUGGUGGUCGUAGAGGACAGGACAUUAUCUGGCAAAAAGCUGCCCUGGAUUGCUUUAGUGCACAAAGUCAGUUCCCUCUUCCACGGGGGGAUUGUGGGUUUCAGAAUAUUACAAACCUGACUGAAGCAGAAAUUUCAAAUGCACUUGCGGAAUUCUAUGGCUCCCUCAGCGAUACCCUGAUCCCCGGUGGCUUCAUGGAGCUAGUUUCUGGUAUUAUUGGUUUACUGGAAUGUAACAGAAGUGUUGCUGCUAAAGCGCUACAGCUAUUGAUGGUGCUGGUUCCAUCUGAUCAAAGAGAGCAUCUAAAGAGAUUACUUAACUUCAUGGAAAAGACGUUAACCUGUCGACCUGGGAGAUCCAAGCGGACACGCAUGAGGUUUAUCUGUAGGAAUUUCAUCAGCGGCAUAUUGCCUGGUAAACUAUCAGAGCAGCAAGCAACUAGCAAUCUGAUCCGGCUUCUGAUCACUGAUCAUAAUCAAAUCUGCACUGUCCCGCUUGAACUCAGUAAUGAAGUAAAACGGCAAGUCCAGUCCAUUCAACAAGGGGAAUCUGAGCCCAUAAUUUCUCGCUCAUCAUGUCAGAGGAUAACCCCUUUGGAGUACAAGCAUGAAGGUAGAGUAGCUACUCAAGAAGGAGUACGUCAUCUUAUGAAUCUUGUCAUUGACGACUUGAGCUUGAAUCUACGCACCAAGGAACACAAGCUAGCACAGUUCAGGAAGCACCAUGUUGAUGUAUUCAGUCAGGAAUUCCCUUCUGGCAUUUUAUAAUUAAAGGCUCCCACAGGGUUUAAAAAGCUGUGCCAGGGUUCAAAAUAGUGGCCGGCUGCCAGCAAUAGGCCGCUGUUGUCUGGUCUUUUCCAGAUCUUUUUUCUAUAUCUCCUACUCAUAUUUUUAGUAUGCAGGCUUUUUUUCACCAAAAUCCACAAAGCUGGCAUGUACUACAUAUAAUUCCCAUUUGCUGUUACCUGGUGACACAAAGUUUUCUGUAAAUAUCACUUUUUAAAUGUGCACCAAUUACUGAGUUUUAUAUUUUGUGUCAAAUUGAGUGAAGACCAGCCAAUGGUGGAAAAACAACACCAUGCAACUGACAGCUAGUAACACAAACAAUCAAUAAAAAAUAUAAUUGCUUUUGUCAAAA